AGGAUUUUAAAGGGUACUCCCUGGUGCUGGGGCCAGGAGCAGGAGACACUUUGCUGGGUUGUCAGUGUGGUAGGAACAUGCCGCCCCAGGAGAAGCCCAUGGAUUAUUUGUCACACUUUGCCCCCCCUGUGCCCCCCCACAUGCCCAAGCCUGUGCCCCCCCCUGGCUGCCUGGAGAGGGAGCUAAAAUGUGUGCUGCUGGGGGAUGGGGCAGUGGGGAAAACCAGCCUCCUGGUCAGCUACACCACCAAUGGGUACCCCACCAAGUACAUACCUACUGCCUUUGAUGACUUCUCAGGUAGGUCACUGAGAAGGGGGAGGGAGAGGGGGGUUUAAAGAGACACCCAGGGUCACUUACCGACAACAGUAAUGUGUGGGGGUAUUUAUUAUUACUACUGUAUGGGCGGCAUUUAUUAUGGCUGUAUGGGGGGCACUGCAUGGCUGUAUGGGGGCAUUGUAUAUUACUGUAUGGGGGGCAUUUAUUAUGGCUGUAUGGGGCAUUGUCUAUUACUGUAUGGGGGGGCCCUGCAUGGCUGGAUGGGGGCAUUGUAUAUUACUGUAUAGGGGGUACUGCAUGGCUGGAUGGGGGCAUUGUAUAUUAUUGUAUAGGGGGCACUGCAUGGCGGUAUAGGGGCAUUGUAUAUUACUGUAUGGGGCACUGCAUGGCUGGAUGGGGGCAUUGUAUAUUACUGUAUGGGGGCACUGCAUGGCUGGAUGGGGGUAAUACUUCUGUAUAUUACUGCAAGUAUUUAUUUAUGGCUGUAUAAGUAAAUUGCAUGGCUGUAUGGGGGCAUUUAUUAUGGCUGUAUGGGGCAUUGUCUAUUACUGUAUGGGGGGGCCCUGCAUGGCUGGAUGGGGGCAUUGUAUAUUAUUGUAUAGGGGGCACUGCAUGGCGGUAUAGGGGCAUUGUAUAUUACUGUAUGGGGGGCACUGCAUGGCUGGAUGGGGGCAUUGUAUAUUACUGUAUGGGGGCAUUGUAUAUUACUGUAUGGGGGGCACUGCAUGGCUGGAUGGGGGCAUUGUAUAUUACUGUAUGGGGGGCAUUUAUUAUGGCUGUAUGGGGGGCACUGCAUGGCUGGAUGAGGGCACUGUAUAUUGCUGUAUGGGGGGCACUGCAUGGCUGUAUGGGGGCAUUGUAUAUUACUGUAUGGGGGGCACUGCAUGGCUGUAUGGGGGCAUUGUAUAUUACUGUAUGGGGGGCCCUGCAUGGCUGUAUGGGGGCGUUGUAUAUUACUGUAUGGGGGUAUGUCCUGUGAUGCUUGGUUAAUACACAGUUUAAUCUCAUUAUUAGGUUGUUGUACAGAUUUGGGCCCAUAACAGCUUUAAUUUCACCACACCCUGAAUGUUAUCAAAUAACUUCUAUUUAUAUUACAUAACUCAAUAUUAUAACUUGUUAUCAAAUAACUUAUUACAUAACUCAAUAUUAUAACUUGUAUCUGUAUCUAUACAUGACUCUGAAUGAUAUUCUGUAAAAAGUAGUAUAAAACUCAGAUAUAUAAUAACAUUGAAGUGGAUAUUAGAAUAAUGCCGUUCUAAAAUAACACGCAGAUAUGUAAUCAUUAUACACAGUUAUAUGCAGACAUAUAAUAUUAUGCAAUUAUAUCACAUCAGACAGAAUACUCUAGAAUUCUAUAGCUAUAUAAUAACUUACAGGCAUAUAAUAUUAUGCAGCUGUAAAAUAAGACAGAAUAUUACAGCUAUAUAAUAACAUGCAGAUAUGUAAUAAUAUUAUGCAGCUAUAUAAUAAGACAGAAUAUUACAGCCAUAUAAUAACAUGCAGAUAUGUAAUAAUAUUAUGCAGCUGUAUAAUAAGACAAAAUAUUACAGCCAUAUAAUAACAUGCAGAUAUGUAAUAAUAUUAUGCAGCUAUAUAAUAAGACAGAAUAUUACAGCCAUAUAAUAAUGAUAUGGAAAUACCAACAGCAUGCUUAUCCAGCUAUAUGCGCUACGGAAUAUGUUGGCGAUUUAUAAAUGAUAAUAUAAUAAGGGGAAGAUGUGAUUGGAUGUGGUUGCAUGUUCUGUCUGUAUAGCUGUUUGUUAUUGCACCAGCUGUUAUUAUAUAUCCACAUGUUGCAGUUAUAUAGCUCGGCAUGCUGUAAAUGACCGUGGCUGCGUCAUUACAUUACGCCACGCGUUAUCGCCCUCUGCUGAUUGGGCUGUAAAUGAAGUUAUGGUGACAUUGCAUUAUUUAUUGCACACGUUUAAUAUGCCAAAAUAUUCUUUGCCAAGUUUCCAAACAGCUCACUUUAGAUUUAUUAGGAAAGGUUAGGUCUGCUGGCUUCCAAUUCCGUAUCUUCGCAUGGCUAAUGACACCCUUGGGUGGCCAUGUUUCAUGUCAUUGGGUCAAUGUCUGAGUAGUUUCCAAACCUGUGCAUUGUCUGCGGAUAUACUCGGUAAAUACACUGCACUGUACUCCCUGUGUGUGUGUGUGUUACAUGUAUACCAGGGCAAGGAAAACAACCCAGUACCUAUAGGGGAGCUGGAAGGGCUUUCCUACAGUGAUGGGAGUUGCAGCUCUGGGACAGGUGUAAUUGUUUAUAGCAAGUUUCAGAGUCCUGCUUUUAAUCUUUUAAAUGAGUGACCAGCCUUUAUAUUAAACUGGGGGGGGGGGGGCAUGUAAUUGCCCGAAUCUUUCAAAGGUGUUAACACCACGUCUGCAGAUGUAUGAGGUCAUUGCUGGGAUAGAAACUGUUAAAUAUUUGUUAAUAAUCUGAACUAAUGAAUAGGUGUUUCCAUCAAUACACAGAAUAUGCUGCGUUCCCGUGUUCCGCAAGCUGUCACAGGACAAAGGUUAUUGGUGUUCUCCGCCCCCCUCCCAGGUCACAGCGAAAAUAUUGAGAGACGUCAACACUUGGGCUGUAAAUAGUGAUCCCUUCAUUACCAAAGUGCUGGGCCAUCCUUUAAACAUAUAGAGUAGGAACCUUCCAAAAGUAAUGACAGAAUGGGCAAGGCCCGAGAGAUUGGACUAGAAAGUCACCGGGUUAAACUUUAAUUGGUUUAAAUUCAGGCCUCCGUCAGUAAUUAGCUGCCACUCAGUUCUUUGCCAACAUUGCUGCCUUGUUACAGCUCCGCGCCCUAGCCAGCCGCGUCCCCAGCAGAUCAGUGUAGUUAGGUCAAGGAUUUAGCCAUACAUUGCUGCGCUACUACACAUGGUGCACCAUUGAAAUGGUUUUCUGUUUUUUUAUGGAGACUGUGUAUACACUAAUGUUAGUCACAUUUUAGGCAUACAGUCAGUCAUGGUUUGCAGUGAGUUUUUUUGAUUCAGUGCGUAACGCUAGGAGUAAGACAUUUCAUCCAGUUUUGCAGUCGAAUAAUUGAAAGUUUUGUAUCGCAUCGCGGAGCGCGUUUAAUAUUGCAGGAAAAUCCAACAGUAAUCAUUUUAUUGUGUGUUCUAAAAUGGUUUCUGGGUUUGAAAGCUGUCAGUAAGUAAUGGGCAGCACUCACAGCAGGAAUCAAUCUUACCCAUCAAUAAAACAAUGGAAAAUGCUUAUCUCAGCCUUUCAUUAUGUAACACAGCAAGAGUGAGAUUACAUUGUACAGAAACCUGAUCUCUGUACAUAGGAGUGAGUCAUGUGGCGGAGUUAAAGAGACCUGCACUCUCUGCACACAGCAAGGCAAUGCUGGACGUCAGGAUUGUGAUAGAUUGCAAUUUAUCAAAGUCCCAGGCAUGCAUCUCUAAACUAAAAUCCUGCCUCCUGAUAGGUUUCAUUUGCGUCAUUCGAUUAACUACAGCAAGCAAAACCACGACUGCAAACAAACAGAUCAAUACAAUAAACAAACAGAUCAAUACAAUAAACAAACAAACAGAUCAAUACAAUAAUACCUUCUUACCGUAACCCGUGCUUAUAAUCUUAUUUUAUUUCAAAACUGUAAGAAAACAAAUUUCAAACCCAAAUUUAUUUACUAAGGAAUGGGUGAUAGAUAAGUAAUGCAUAGACCUGCCUUCCAGCAGAGGUGGUAGCUGGUGGAGCGGUGUGCAAUGAGGGCAUUUAAUAAGGGAAUUAUCCUGCCAGUCACAUCAACUAACUGUUUAACCAUUCCUUCUUUAUUGCAGCUCAAGUGAAAGUUGGAAAAAUUCCAGUGAAGUUGCAGCUGUGUGACACGGCCGGCCAGGUGAGUACACGUGUACCUACCUGUAUGUCGACUCUGUUGGUGUACUCUAUACAGAUUGUAAAUUCAUUUAAAGUAGUUGGAAAACAUCUAAAUUAGAGACAUUUUGUAUUUCACCUAUUUUGUCCCCAAAUUUUUAGUACCUGCUGCAUUAAAAAAAAAAAAAAAAAAAAUGUAUGUAGGGGGAAUUAAAUGUGAUGAGAAGUUAGACAUCCAGCUACCGAGUGUGGGAUAUUCUUGAAAACCGCUUCAGGUGUAUUGGGCAAAUCAGUUUAGAUCCCUGUGAAAACACGCAAUGAGGGCCGCCUUAAAUACAGUACUCUGCAAAGUGAGAUAUUAAUCUUAGUCUCUAAGUGCUAGGGGCCUGCGUGACACAGCGGCCAAUUACAAGUGUCUGAAAUAUCGCUCUUACUAAGGGCCUGCGUGACACAGCAGUCAGUUACAUGUAUCUGCAAUAUCGCAGUAGCUAGGAGUCUGUGUGAGACAGCGGCCAGUUACAUGUAUCUGCAAUAUCACGCUAGCUUGGGGUCUAUGUGACACAGCGGCCAGUUACAUAUAUAUCGGGAAGAUCGCACUAGCUGGGGUCUACGUGACACAGCGGACAGUUACAUGUAUCUGGAAUACUGUCAAUGGCCUGAUUUCGGCUGUCCCAUAGAUUUAGGUUUUUAUUGGCCUUGAGAAGGGAGCCCUUUGCCUUGUUUUAAAAACACGAAUAAACUCCCCUCGAAGCCAGGGAUGCUUGCAAUGAGUUGCUGGUAUUUGUAGCAAACACUUGCAGGCAGAUGCAGCCCUGAGGUAACCCUCCAGGUGUGUUGAAACUACGAUUCCCAUGAUGCUUUACCAGCCUCAAGGAAAUUUUUAAUCCGCAACAGCUGGAGUGUUACUUUGCGACUCUCCCUGCCUUAAGGAAUUGAUACGCGUUCUACAAUAAUUCUGCAGGAGAUCGGAUUACAGCACAGCGACGCGAAAACUACAAAACAGGAUGGACUUGUAAAGUUCAAGGCAACAUUAGUAUAAACCCCUUAAUAGCCUGAGAUGUGCCGGACUUAUUGCUUCGUGUUUGACAGACCUGUGCACUCCAGCGGGUCAAUGCGACAAGUUUACUUUUUUAUGGUCCUUGCGGUUUCUGAAUAUUAAGUUAAUUACAGAACUAGAUUAAGGGGUUAACUGUCUAAACAGUGAGCUGACGUAUGACUUGAAAAUGCAGCCAAAAUUGCUCAUUUGAAAAAAAACAACCAACCAACAGUGAAAUAAACAAAACACAUUUUCAACCUGCGUUAAGCUGAAAUGAAGUCUUUAGUUCAGUCGUCUGUCCCAUCACCGCAACGCUUGGUUAGGGAAAAAAAGUCUGUCCGCUCGAUCAUUUGUUAAUCAUAGUAUACUAGGACUGAGUUAGUUGUCCUGAUUGACCUGGUUAAUAUAGAGACUGAUCCCAUUUCUGUAUGAAGGAUUUUUGAAACUCUGAUUAGGGACCCAAACAUGUAAUCCUGACCGUCUACUGUAAAACAACCAUCUAGUAGUUGUUCUAGUGACUAUGGUCAGAUGUGGGAAAGUGUGUGCUGUAUGCUUUAAGUAACAGCUGUAAAAGAUGUAUUUAAUCUGUCCUUUUAGCUAGCAUUACAGAAAUGAUCGGACUCGCACCGCAGUGGGCGGGGACAUGAAGUAGAGCUAAUUGCUGCAGCUGUCGUUUUAUAGCCGCAAGAUAACCUUCUGUUCCGAUCCCGUGUGGAUCAGUGUAUUAAGCCAAUGUGGCAAAUCGAGGCAUUACAUACGUGUGUGUGAAGUUAAUUUACCAUAAUGCUCUGCCAGACUAAAAUGCAUGCCAGUAUUGCCGUCAGAUUUACUAAGCAGUAGGGGUUUGGAGAGACUUGUUCGGCAGUGUCUUGCAGAGCCUCCAAUUAAUAACACUGUGUCUCUAAAUUAUAAAUAUUGUGUUUAUCUUCUACAUGUGUGUCCACUUACAGUACGCCUUUUGACACAUUUGCUGCGGGCGUAGCAUUUUAAUAUUCUUGCCGCUAUCAGUUUCAAAGCUCUGAAUUCUCCUUUGUUUCCUCUCAAUCCUAGGAUGAGUUUGACAAAUUGCGUCACUUUUGCUACCCGAAGACAGAUGUUCUGAUCCUGUGUUUCAGCGUUGUAAGUCCAUCCUCUUUCCAGAACAUUUCAGAAAAGUGGAUCUCUGAAAUCCGGUGCCACUGUCCUCACGUGCCCCUUGUGUUGGUGGGGACACAGUGUGACCUCAGGGAAGACGUCAAAGUUCUGAUUCAGCUGGCUCGCUAUCGGGAGAAGCCUGUACCUCCUUCUUCCGCGCAGGCCUUGGCAGAAAAGAUUGGCGCUGUGGCUUAUGUGGAAUGCUCUGCUUUGACUCAGAAGAACCUUAAAGAGGUCUUUGACACGGCCAUUGUUUCUGGGCUCCGAUAUUCCGAAUUGUGUCUCCAGCGAGAGAGAAAAAUGGCUUGCACGGCCAACAAAAUGAAGACUCUUUCUAAGGGUUGGUGGAAAAAGUAUGUGUGCAUUUGACAGAGAGACAUGUUUGCAUAUACCAUGAUGUGAAGUAUGCCUCAAAUGAUGUGGGGUCAUGACGCAUGGCCAAGGAACAUACUCAACAAAUCCAUGUCUCAUUGGAAAGCUAAAAGUAUCCACUAAAUAUUGAACAUUUCUGGACCAAAGUGUGCUUUCCGUACAUUUAAGAUGAUGAUUUAUGAGAUUUAACUUGACGUGACUGCACCCGAGAUUUUGAUUGGGACUUUGGAAGCUCCAGUCAUACGGGAGCCCAGUCGAUGUAAACAUGCAAUUGAUUGAUGGCCAGGAAGUCUUACAGGACUUCAAGUGGAAAAUAAACUAUUAUUUGCACCUGCGUGUUCACUGGAUAGGGUAUCACUGAGUCCCCCAGCAAGGUGGGAUAUUACGAGCAAAAAAAAAAAAAUGCAUUCAAAAGGGGUAAACUUGAUUUGCUGCCUGUUUUGAGGCAUCUUGAACUUUUCUACAGCUUCUGUUUUAAGGAGCGUGUGCGAUAACGUGAAAACCAAAAUAUUCCAAGGGAACCUGUCUCUUUAAGGUGAUGGCAUGUGGGUAUAUCCAGACCCUGAAUCCGUGGUGUAAAAACCGCAGGUUUUAAUAUAAUCUUUGCUUUUACCUGAUUCACUCUGUGCCUUAAUAAGCUCACGUGGGCACCUCUAUAUAUGGGGUGGCCCUCUAGCCGUUGUGGAACUGGUUCCUGAUUUAUGUGUCGUAAUUGAUGCUUUAUAAGUAUGUUUUACAGCACGUCUCUGACUUAAUGUGAUUCUGUUCAGGCAAUAAAAUUCUUUAAAAUACAAAGUGUGCAGUGUCAGUCGAUAAUCUGGGACAGUAUGCCCUUGGUGUGUGUGUGUGUUGAUAUUAUGUAUGUAGUGAAUUGUCUGUUUGUGCUGUCUCUGUGGUAAAAUUGUGUGUGUCAGUAUCUGAGUAGCUUCUGUCGGCUGCCAUUUCAUUAUCCGACCGCCUCUGGCCAAACACAAACCCCUCUCCAUCCCGUGUGCUGUUGUCGGUUAGGCUGAAUAUCUUAUUAUUACAUUCCGUAUCUGGUGAUAUGAGAAAUAGUAUAAAGAAAACACACAGUGGAAAGACCCGGCACACGCCCUACGGCC